GGCUGCUCUAUUACACAAGCAAGAUACUGCCAGCCAGCCAACCAGUCAGCCAGUCAGCCCCACCUAAUUUUGUGUCUCUCGCAUCUGCCUGUGUCCUGCUCAAUGCCACAUUGUCACACUUAACCCACCUGCUCUUUCAUGCGCUGAGGACUCAUUCCAGCUAGAACAACUUGAUAUUUCAUUUCCCAUCUGUAAACACCUGUUACUUCUGAAGAUUCCUCAUAAAACCAAUACCAAAGAAGGCUACUAUGUUGACCUUAGCCAAAGUUACAUUGAUCUCAAGUCUGUUCAUUAUGUUACCAUUUGGGAGACCUCAGAAACAAAAUCCAAGAAGAAAUGCAACUCAGUAUACCAUAGAAGAUUUGAAAACAAUGGGAAUCAAAUCCAUUCCUUUGGAAAGGAGCACAAACAUAACUUCAGAGAAUGAAAGUAGUAAUACCUCCAAACCCAUGGUGACAGAUGCCUCUCUUUUGGAUCUACCCACAAUCUAUGAAACAAGAAAUUCCACCAGUAACUGGCUAACAGCUAGCUCUACUGAGGAUCCAAGACCUACCUCCACAUAUUCUAUCCCUCCCUUGGCUCAUGGUUUUGUUUCCAAGUUGCCUUUGAACUCAUCCACAGCAGAUGUAAAUCCUUUACAAGUCUCAGCACAUUCCAAUUCCGUACAUCCCACAUCACCAGACAACUUUACUUGGUCUCUGGACAAUGACACCAUGCAUAUUCCUGACAAUAUUUCCAGUACAGCCAGUAUCCUCCCUCUGCCUCCAAUGACCACACCUGUGACCCCUUUGACAAUCGAACCUACUGGAUGGCUUGACACAAACGAUGACAACUUUGCUGGGUUUACCCCAUAUCAAGAAAAAACAACUUUGCAGCCUACCUUAAAAUUCACCAAUAAUUCAAAACUUUUUCCCAAUCCAUCCGACCCCCAAAAAGAGACUAAGAAUACAGCAAUAGUAUUCGGCACCAUUUUAGGGGCAAUUCUGGGUGCUUCCCUGCUUAGCCUUGUUGGCUACUUAUUGUGUGGACAACGGAAAACAGAUUCAUUUUCCCAUCGGCGACUUUACGAUGACAGAAAUGAACCAGUUCUGCGAUUAGACAAUGCACCAGAACCUUAUGAUAUCAAUUUUGGAAAUUCUAGUUACUACAACUCAACUGUGAGAGAUUCAUCCAUGCCAGAAGGUGGAGAAAGUGUGCAUGAUACCAUUCCCAUGGAUGAUAUACCUUCACUUCGAACCUCAAUAUAAAACAAGGAGAAGAAUGGCUACAGAGGGCAAGAGUUCAUCUCCAUUGUGACCUUUUAAUAAAUUCACCUUUCAAGAGGUUCUGCAAGAUCAUUGCUGUGCCUUCUUCACAGGGAGAGCUGCAAAUGCAGGAGCUGUGCAGCAGAACAGCGGGUCCAUCACCUAAAAGCUUUCUUCCCUUACAGUCUUCAGAGGGCCUGAAGCAUGCAAUAUAUAAUCAUACUUUGUAUUUCCAUUUAUUUCUCUAGAAAACCCUUGUGGAAUAAGGUAAAAUUAAUACACAUCACCAUGGCAGCACUGGAUGAUAACUUAAUAAUAACCAUUCUUCACACAAAAUCUGGGGACCAAAACUACAUGUUCUUAAAAUAUUUGGUGUUUAAACAAGAAACUAGAGUUAACUCUUCACUCCUCUUGUCUGUAAUAGAGAACUACAGAACAAAACAAGCAUUUUCUUGGGGCACAAUUCGGAUGGUAUUUUUUUUUUUUUGUUUCAAAGCCAGAAAUAUGAUAUGGUAAAGUUUCUGAUCCUGAGAAAUUAAGGCAAUAAUAAUGAAAGCCGUGUCGUCUUCUAAUACAUUUCAGUUUUCUACAACAGCACACA